AACUUUCACCAUGACCUGGUCUACGUACGCUUAGUUCUGUGUGGCCUAUGUGCUUUUCCACUUUCAAUACCAGAGCUAUUUUUGUGAAACAUAAAAUAAUUAACAUUUUUCUCUUCUGGGAAACAUAUUGGGGUAGGGAUGCAACUGGGUAGUGGUACUUUGUUUUUCUCAUUCAUCUUCAGUUUGCUUUCGUCACAGUAUGGCGCUGAAGUAUUAAAUAACAUAACUCCUUCACAUCCAUUAUUCGAGGGACAAACUCUAGUCUCUCCUGGCCUAAUAUUCGAAUUGGGUUUCUUCAGUCCUAAUAGAUCUGGUAACAAGUAUGUGGGAAUAUGGCACAAGGAUAGAUUUCCACGUAAAGUGGUAUGGGUGGCUAACAGGAAUAAGCCUCUUGCUCUUAUAGACACCCUGGCUAGUUUGAGAAUUAGCAGCAAUGGGAGUCUGGAGCUUGUAGAUGGGAAGCAGAAUUUUGUGUGGUCAACCAAUGAUACUAUACAGGUUUCAUCAUCUAAUACUAGUUCAGUUGCUGCAGUUCUUUCAGACGAUGGAAACUUUGUUGUCAAAGAGGUUAUCGGAGCUGGUGAAUCAAUAUGGCAGAGCUUUCAUCAUCCUGGUGACACUUUGCUACCAAACAUGAUGUUGGGAUUCGAUAUUAAAAAUGGAAAAAGCUUUUUCUUGACUGCCUGGAAAAGUGAGAGUGAUCCAUCUAGUGGGAUAUAUACAACUGAACUCGGAAGGCGAACAGAUAUGCCAGCGCAAUUGAUCAUUUGGAUUAAUCGAUCAAUUCCCUUCUGGAGAAGUGGGCCAUGGGAUAAAUCAAAGUUCAUCGGCAUGCCAAAUAUGGAUGAUCGAUAUCUUAAUGGAUUUAAAGUAGAUGAAAAUGUGGAACAGGGAACAAAGUAUUACUCUUACAACUUACCUGAGAAAACUCUCGGAUAUUUAGACCUCUCUUCACAGGGAAAGUUGAAGCUUAUGUAUUCAGAAAAUGGUAGGAACUGGUCACUCAACUGUGAGGCACAAAAGAAUCGAUGUGACAUCUAUGGAACAUGUGGGCCUUAUGGGAUUUGCAGCAUUUCUGAAUCUCCAAUCUGCAAGUGUUUGAAAGGGUUUGUACCAAAGUCACACCAGGAAUGGAGCAAAGGAGACUGGACCAGUGGGUGUGUAAGGAAAACCGAAUUGUUCUGUGACAGACAAACAAAUAAGAAGUCAGUACCAUUGCAAGGAAAAAAAGAUGAUAAUGAUGAUGGUUUUUGGAAGAUCAUACGGGCUAAAGUACCAGAUUAUCAUCAGUAUAUUACAUCUUUGGAUCUUGAAGACAAGUUCAAUGACUGCAAGAUACAGUGCCUGAAUAAUUGUUCAUGCCUGGCUUAUGCACUUGUUAAUAAUAUUGGGUGUCUAGUCUGGUACAAAGACCUUAUUGAUAUACAGAAAUUUUCCAAUGGGGGAGUUGAUAUUUAUAUUCGACUAGCACGCAGAGAACUAGGUGAAGGAAAUUCGUUUAAGUUGAUUGCCUGCCUUACAGCUAUUGGUUUAAUUAUUAUCUUGGUUGCCAUAGUGUUCAGUUUACACAGGUUGCGAGCUAACCGAAAGGAAUCGAUUCCAACUUCUAGGGACACUCUUCGAGAAUAUAUUGGAAAGCACGAUCCAUCAGAGCUAUUGAUCUAUGAUUUUGAUAACAUAUUAACUGCUACAGACAAUUUCAGCAUUACAAACAAACUCGGGCAAGGAGGCUUUGGUCCUGUUUAUAAGGGUAUGCUACAAGAUGGGAAGGAAAUAGCUGUAAAAAGACUAUCUAGUAGCUCAGGACAAGGCAUUGAAGAGUUCAAGAAUGAGAUGCUGUUGAUCUCCAAUCUUCAACAUAAAAAUCUUGUUAGGAUCAUGGGUUGCUGCGUUAAACAGGAUGAGAAGUUACUGAUUUACGAGUUCAUGCCAAACAAGAGCUUGGAUACUUUUCUAUUUGAUACAAGGAAGAGAUCAGUGCUUGAUUGGGCGACACGCUUUAAUAUUAUUCAGGGUAUUGUUAGAGGGCUUCUUUAUCUCCAUCAUGAUUCGUAUGUGAAGGUGAUACAUAGGGAUUUGAAAGUCAGCAACAUUCUCUUGGAUGAGAAAAUGAAUCCAAAAAUUUCAGAUUUUGGAUUGGCUCGCAUAAUUGAAGGAACACAAAAUCUUGAAAAUACACAUAAAGUUGUUGGAACACGUGGCUAUAUGUCUCCGGAGUAUGCCAUGGGAGGGCUGUUUUCUGAAAAAUCUGAUGUCUAUAGCUUCGGGGUAUUGGUCUUGGAGAUUAUUAGCAGCAAGAAGAAUAUCAGCUUCUCUUUAUAUGACCAACAGCUAGGCUUUCUAGCCUAUGCAUGGAACUUGUGGAAUGAAGACAAGGGAUUGGAGUUAGUAGAUGAAACAUUGGGUGGUUCAUAUUCCUCAUCGGAAGUAUUGAAAUGCGUGCAUAUCGGGCUUCUAUGUGUACAAGACAAUGCUGUGGAUAGGCCAACCAUGGCUGAUAUAGCUUUGAUGUUAAGCAGAGAGAAAGAUGGUCCACAACCUAAGAUGCCUGUAUUCACUAUCCAAAACUCAGCUUAUCAUCCUCGACCGCACUCUGAGAGUAUUAAUUCCUCCAAAAAUGAAGCUAGCAUUACAAUGAUUGAAGGUCGAUAAUUGCUAUCAAAUUGUUACAUCACAAUGCAAUGCCUUUUGGUCAUUCUCAAGGGUUCUUAUACAUAUUGAGGGUUUUCUUUUUGGUGUAGAAAACAACCUGUUUUUAUUGGGGUAAGUAGUAUAUGAAGGUCUUUUCAUAUUGACAUUUUUGUA